AGUUGCUUAGCAACCGGAAAAUUGAUAGAAUGCCAUCAACAAAAUGCUCACGUUAGUUAGAUGCAAACGUUUUAUUAAAAUAUGUGGUCUAACAAAGUAAAAUCUUAAAAAAUAUUUAUGAUAGUGUCUUAAAAAUAUUGCUAACAUGUCAUCCAUAUCUAGUUCGAAGGAAGUUAUGGAAAUGUCCUGUGAUAACAGUAAUAAGGAGUUCUUACUCUUGGAAAAAACUUGUGAAGCUUUCAAAGACAGCGAUGAAGAAAUUAAAAUGAUCUUCAAUGAAAUCAAAAAACUAUCUCACAAUAAUCAUGUUGAAAUAACCGACGAAGACGACGUCGAUCUGAUAUUGAGGAAAGCCGAAAACAUAGCGAAUGAAACAGAAAACUUACUGAAAAGCAGAGCACUGGUUACUAAUACGGCUACUUCGGGUCUAGGUGAUACAUCACCUAUUUCCGAAGUAAAAGUUGAUAAGUCAAAGAGCUUAGAAGCUUCCAAGGAAGGCAACAAAUCCUUUAAGGUCAGCCCAGGAGUAAGACGAAAUGGGAAAGAUAAUAUUGAUAGUCGACGUAAGUCGAAAACACGACCUUUCUCCGCAGGAGUAGUAGAUUCUAAGAAAAAAGAAGCCGCGAAAGUAGCUCGACUGACGUCUGGUACGCCGAAAAAACUGAAUUGUAAACACGAUCAGCAAUUGGAAGAGCUCAAGGAUACAAAUGAAAGAGUGAAAAGUCUUGAAUUAUUGAACGUACAACUUGUAGACGAUUGUAAGGCGUUAAAGAAAAAAGUAAAUCAAUUAGAAGAGGAUAAACAAGUGGCUGAAUUUAAAUUAGUUGAAUGCGAGAAAUUCGUUAAUCGGCUUGCAAAGGAAUAUAAUAAUAAAGAAACUGAACUUAAUAGUUAUAAGCAAAAUGAACAAAGUGCAUUGGAUGAGUUACAUAAGGAGAAGAACGAAAGAAAGAACUUAAGUAUCCAACAUGAGAAAGAUGCUAUGAUUAUACAGGACUUGCAAAGGCAGGUUAAGGAAAUGGAGUUGAUAUUAAGGAGGAAACAUCCGGACUCAGUUUCUGCCUUAAUUGUUGCUUCUAAAUCGUCCACCGUCGACGAUAACAAAAAGAAAUUAUUAGAAGAACGUAUAUUGAGAUUGGAAAAGGAAUUGAAAGACAAAGAAACCCAUUUUCACCAGGUUUUAAUGACCCUUCAAGAAAAGUUUACCGACAUGAAGCUGAAAUACGAGAAUCAUAUUGUCGACGUAGAGAGACAGCUAAUGGAUGACAAAAAAACUAAUAAAGACUUGAAAAAUAAAAUUAAUAAAGUAAAUUUACAAGACACUGCCGUCCAAACAGUCCAAAAAAAUCAACAUACGGUUGGAACGCAAACUUUUUUAAAGGCUGACAGAGCAUCGUCCGCUGUUAGUAGAUUAACCCAGAAUUCAGCCUUAAUUUUUAACAGACUGAAAGAAGACAGCUACCUCAUUGCUACAAUAAAGGGAUUACAGACUGAACUAACAGCGAAACAACGAACAAUUGCUAAAAUUAACCGGGAAACGGAGGACUUAAGAAAGAAUUUGAGAAACUUGCAAAAGGAAAAAGAAAUUUUAAUGAAUUUAAACCCGCAAAAGAAAAAUACCUGUAGACCAGCUAAGUCGGCCGAGAGUGUGAUACUUAAAGUGACUCAUGAGAUGGAAGCUGAAAUAUCAGAUGUAAGAAAGCAAAAAGAGGUCCUCAUGGAAGAAAGGGUAGGUCUUCUCGCGUCUUUAAAAAGGACUAAUGAAGACCUAAUUAUGUUGAAAAAGAAACGUAUUCAAGAUCUCCAUACACUUCAAUUGGCUCAUGAAAAAGAGCUUAUGCAGAUGAACAUGCAAUUGUACCCUCUACAAGAAGAGAUUAAACUGCUAAAUCGCACUGUAGAAAUUCUUCAGGAACGGGUAAGAACAGCGGAUGACAAGUUAAUAAAGUAUCAAGCAACUGAUGUGUAUGCGGGUGGGGAUCAUUUUGGGUCUAAGGGGAACAGUCGUAAGUGAUUGGUCACUUUAUAUUUUUGCUAUAGAUUAAGAUAAUUAUGAAUGCUAUUUCAUAUGUUAUUAAAUAUUAUUUAGUGCGUUUAGCACGAAAAAUGCUAGGGGACAAUAUAAAUAUGCUUAAAGAUUUAGGUGUUAUAUUAUUUUGUCAUUCUCUGUAUCUUUUGUAAGAAAGUUACAAAUAUUCAUUUACGCAGUCGUCGAAAAUAGUUCGCUGUAUAAGAUGGUAUUAGUCUUUGCGCGUAACUUGGGCAGAAUUUGCGUCGUGGGGAAAAGGCCGCACGUUGACUUAGAAAUAAUAAAAAAAUGACUUUUGUUCAUCAAAUGAUUCUAGUCAAAUUUUGCCGGAAUUACACGGAGCCUCUAGAUUCUACACAAUAUAAAAAAGAGUUGUCUUAAAUAGUGCGAUUACUUUAUGGUACCUGAUUACUAAGUGCCUAAUUGAAGAUUUAAGAAAAACGAUAAUACUUUUUUUCUGUUAAAAAAAUAUUUUUAUGUUUGAAGAGUUUUUAUUUUAACUAUGUAGUGCAAUGGUUUUCGUACUUAACUAUUUACUACCUAAACGAGUUUGUUACCACAUUCUUCGUUUGUCCACGAUUUUACAUAUUGUAUUCCUUGUUUCCAGGAUAUCUUGUUAAAAAAACGUAAAAUAUUAAUCUCUGAACAUUAUGUUCUCUGUUUAUUCAUGAAUAGCAAUAAGAAUAUGUUAUGAUAAGAACAAGAAUAUAGGUAGCGAUGACACGUCAAGUUCAAAGAUCUACGCAGCAUUAACAAUGGAAUAGAAAUUUCGCUUUUCUAUUUAACGCUAAUUUGUGAAUUGAAUGUAUGUAUUCUGUUAAUUUUCUAUACCAGCAAUAUCGUGCGCUGUCACUUAUUAUGCUCAGACCUCAGUUCAAAAAGGCCUUAUAUUUUUGUUUUUGUAUGCGGUUAAACUAUUAUAUUUUUAUCACUGUGUUGUGCAAUCUUGGAUGGAUUAGGUUACGGUUUUUGCGCAAUAAAUGUUAAUAGUUAAAAAAUCUAAUAUUUUUAUGCUAGUUAUAGGCCGCAAAAGAGGAAUUUAAAAUUAUACCGAAGCAUGUGUUUUCAUAUGUAAGUCUAAUGUUUUAAUUACUAUAAUUGUCACAAUUAUUAAAGAUUGGUAUUUUCAAUCUGUGAUCGUGGUAAUAUUACGCACACUGUAGUAAAUAAUUAUAAUGUAAGCUUUUACUUGCUAGUCAAAAAUAAUGUGUGAUAAUUUCCACCGAUGUGUUGGUAAUAAGGUGCCUUGCAAUUUUAAUAAAUUAUUUGUGUA